UUUGAAUUUCUUCUCUCUCCCUUUGCAAAAGCAGCAGAAAUCAUCAUUUCCACCUUCACCUUCAUCACAGUAUCACACUACAUUUUGAAACCCCAUAAUUCCAAUCUAUUCAUUGUGGUUUGAGUUUAAACCAUGAAUUCCGUUGAAUCAGGACGGCUGCUGUUGGCGGCGUGCGGCGGAGACACCGUGAAGCUGUUUGACCCCUCGUUGGAGCCUCAGAACCCUUGCGUUCUCACCUACUCUCCGUCUCCAGGCUCACGCGUAAAUUCCAUCAAGUGGAACCACAACAAUUUAGUUUUUGCCAGCGCCGGUGAAGAUGGUAAAAUAUCACUAUGUAAGAAAAACGGGCAAAGCUUGUGGAUGGUGCCAGCCAAAAAUGCUAAGGGCGAAAUUGUUGAGCCGUCCGAGUCUAUAGCAGCUAUCAGCUUCAGCAAUAAGGGAUCUCGAUAUCUUUGCUCGGGUGGAACUGGUCAAGUUGUUCGAAUAUGGGAUUUGCAGAACAAGCGUUGUGUUAAAUGGUUGAAAGGUCAUAGUGAUACUAUUACAGGUGCAAUGUACAAUUGCAGAGAUGAACAUAUAGCUUCUGUCAGUCGUAAAGGAGACCUUAUACUUCACAACCUUGCUUCCGGCACAAAAGCUGCUGAACUCAGGGAUCCUAAUGGACAGGUUUUGAGCGCUCUAGAUUAUUCUAGAAUGAGCCGGCACCUUUUAGUGACGGCUGGUGACGAUGGAUCCAUUCAUCUGUGGGACACAACAGGUCGCAGCCCAAAGGCUUACUGGUUGAAACAGCAUUCUGCACCCACCUCUGCUGUCAGUUUCUCACCAUCCAAUGAUAAGAUAAUUGCUAGCGUCGGUCUGGAUAUGAAAUUAUACACUUUUGACACCGGAUCAAAGAAGCCAUCUUCUUGUAUUCCUUAUGAAGCACCGUUUUCUUCACUGGCAUUCUCCGACGAUGGAUUAGUCUUGGCAGCUGGUACAAGCACGGGCCAGGUUGUGUUCUAUGAUGUUCGUGGGAAACCACAGCCAAUAACUGUUCUUCGUGCAUAUGGGAAUGCUGAGGCUGUCACAAAUCUAUGCUGGCAGAGGUCAAAGCCUGUAAUGGUUAAUGAAAAUAACUGCACAGACGAAACUAUUCUUUUGGCUGGUGAUGUUGGUGAUUCCAUCCUUAUGCCUGAUCCACUCCCUUCUAAAUCGUCAUCAAGCCUUUCAAUGCCCUCAAUGGUGUCCGGAUCUCGAAAUUCUACCUGUUCAGGUACCCCUGGAGAUUUAUAUUCAUUUCCUGCAGGAUCUGCAUUAUUAGGUGGUCUAAGCUUACCUGCUUCAGAGGAAACACCUCUUCGCAGCAGCUUAUUGACAGCCGGAAAUCUUGGAAGGCUGCAUGCACCUCGGAGUUAUAACUUCAAGGAUGAUAUGGAGGUUUUUUCUCCCUUAGUGGAAAUCCAACCAAUUACACCCUCUCUCGACAAAUUGUGGGAUGAUCGGGAUGGUGGAAACAAAGACCUUGAUAGAAAACCAUCUUUUCUGUUGUCUCGGAGGUUUGGCCUCCCAGAGCAAGGCUCCAUCGAUAAUCAUCCAAUUUUGGACUGGAAAACAAACUCAUCAACCAAGCAGUUGACAUCUCCCCCUGCUGCAUCUACACAUAAUGAUGAUGAUUCUUCAUCCAUAACUCCUCCCGAAGAUUGGGGUGGCCAGAGAACAUCUGACAAGCUGAGUCACCAUCAUCGGUUAUUUUCUUUAGCUUUCCGAGCGACUGAGAAGUUCAGGGAGCAA